AUGAGCGUACACAAGCCAGACAAACCCGCUGUCGCAGACUACCCGACUUCGACGGCGCACCAGGCCGAGUUGGAGGCGGCGAAGGCGUUCUUCCUCAAGGAGCUGGAGUCGCCCGAGAGCGAGUGGGAGGACCAGGGCGAGCGCGAGGACGUGCACUUGUGGAGCAAGAAGGACCCCGAGGACCCUUACGCUGUUCCGACCGUCAAGGGCGAGACCCUCGUCAAGAACGCCAACUCGGAAGCGUUCCUCGGCGGCGUCGUCCAGCUCCCCGGCAUGCGCAAGCUCUGGGACGAGCGCUUCGAGACGGGCCACAUGCUCGCUCGCUACGACCGCACCUCGUUCGCCUUCUACACCGUCAUGAAAGGGAUGGGCUGGCUCGUCUACCCGCGCGACAUUGUCGGGAUCCAGAAGAACUAUCAUCCCGAGGACGGGAGCGAGAAGGGGGAGAGGAUGAUUGUACAGACCACGAUCGAGGAGAAGCAGUGGGCGCCGGAACAGAAGGGGAAGACCAGGGCUACGCUUACUGUUUCUGGGUGGCGCUUCACCCCGGUUGGCGACGACCUCAAAGUCACCUACAUCGUCAAGAUUGCGCUGAACGGCUCGAUGCCCAUCGCGAUGGUCUCGAUGGUCGCGACCGAGACUCCGUUGUGCACCGGUCGCGCACGCGACGUCUACUACCAGUACGGCCACGCACCCUACAUCCGUCUUCCCUCCGGAACCUCCUCAACCUCCAUCAUCUUCCAAACCGAAUACUUCUCCGACCCUCCCGCCAAACCCGAGACAGACGAGCACGUCCGCGAGUACCGCUGCGUCGUGACGACUGGCUCGCAAGUGGGCGACGGGUUUGAGCUUGUUUAUGACGCGAAGAGGAUGUAUAGUGGUGGUGUGAAUGUGAGGGUUGAGGGAGAGGGAGUGGAGUGUGAGGAUGAUGGGAAGGGUGUCGUGAGGGUCAAGACGACCGCGAGCGGGAAGGAUGCGACAGUCGUCAUUACGCCGAAGUAG